GCCGGUAAAUCACCCGGAUGUGAAAGGCCAUGUGCAGCCGCACCAGGAGCUCAUUUGAAGCACACGACUCGUCCUUUUAUCUCCGCUCGGUUUCAUUCCGACCUGCAGUCCUGCAUCUUCAAGCAGCUACCAGCUUCUUUUGUACCUCACAAAGAUGUUUCGUCUACCAACAAUCAUGAAGCAGGUGAGGCCCGUGUGCAGGGCGCUCGCUCCUCACCUCACCCGAGGCUACGCUAAGGAUGUGAAGUUCGGAGCUGAAGCUCGUGCCCUGAUGCUGCAGGGAGUCGACCUGCUGGCCGACGCUGUGGCCGUCACCAUGGGCCCCAAGGGUCGCAAUGUCAUCAUCGAGCAGAGCUGGGGCAGCCCCAAGGUCACCAAGGACGGCGUGACGGUGGCCAAGAGCAUCGACCUGAAGGACCGGUACAAGAACAUCGGUGCCAAGCUGGUGCAGGAUGUGGCCAACAACACCAACGAGGAGGCCGGCGACGGCACCACCACCGCCACGGUGCUGGCUCGUGCCAUCGCCAAGGAGGGCUUCGACACCAUCAGCAAAGGCGCCAACCCCGUGGAGAUCCGCCGCGGAGUCAUGAUGGCCGUAGAAACCGUCAUCAAUGAGCUGAAGAAUCGCUCUAAGCCAGUGACCACGCCCGAGGAGAUCGCACAGGUUGCUACGAUUUCAGCCAAUGGAGACGUGGAGAUUGGGACCAUCAUUUCCAACGCCAUGAAGAAAGUUGGCCGCAAGGGAGUCAUCACUGUCAAGGAUGGGAAGACCAUGCACGAUGAGCUGGAGAUCAUUGAGGGUAUGAAGUUCGACCGUGGUUACAUCUCCCCUUACUUCAUCAACACCGCCAAAGGUCAGAAGUGUGAGUUCCAGGAUGCCUACAUCCUGCUGAGCGAGAAGAAGAUCUCCACCGUCCAGAGCAUCGUGCCGGCCCUGGAGAUCGCCAACCAGAACCGUAAACCGCUGGUUAUCGUGGCGGAGGAUGUGGACGGGGAGGCCCUCAGCACCUUGGUUCUCAACAGGCUGAAGGUCGGGCUCCAGGUGGUCGCAGUUAAAGCUCCAGGAUUCGGAGACAACAGGAAGAAUCAGCUGAGGGACAUCGCCGUCGCCACCGGGGGAACCGUGUUUGGAGACGAUGCCGUCGGUCUGGCUCUGGAAGACAUCCAGGCUCACGACUUCGGUAAGGUCGGCGAGGUGCAGAUUACCAAAGAUGACGCCCUGCUGCUGAAGGGAGGCGGCAACCCGGCCGAGCUUGAGAAGCGCGCGGCGGAGAUCGUGGAGCAGCUGGAGAACACCACCAGCGACUACGAGAAGGAGAAACUCAACGAGAGGCUCGCCAAGCUGUCCGACGGCGUGGCUGUGCUCAAGAUUGGAGGAACGAGCGACGUGGAGGUGAACGAGAAGAAGGACCGAGUGACGGAUGCUCUGAACGCCACGCGGGCCGCAGUGGAGGAGGGGAUCGUACCAGGCGGAGGCUGCGCCCUGCUGCGCUGCAUCCCGUGUCUUGAUUCCAUCGAAACUGUCAACGCUGACCAGAAGAUCGGUGUUGAGAUCAUCAGAAGGGCGCUCCGUAUCCCCGCCAUGACCAUCGCUAAGAAUGCAGGCGUGGAGGGUUCGCUGGUGGUGGAGAAGAUCCUGCAGGCUUCGGAGGAGAUCGGCUACGACGCCAUGCAGGGAGAAUACGUCAACAUGGUGGAGAAGGGCAUCAUCGACCCCACCAAGGUGGUGAGGACGGCCCUGAUGGACGCCGCAGGAGUCGCCUCCCUGCUCGCCACCGCUGAGGCCGUGGUCACAGAGAUCCCCAAGGAGGAGAAGGAGAUGCCAGGAGGCGGCAUGGGCGGCAUGGGAGGAAUGGGAGGCAUGGGCGGCAUGGGAGGUGGCAUGGGUUUCUAAGCCAGUCCUCCUGACAUGCUGUACAGACUAAUAAAGGCAGAGUGGUGCUGGGUGCUGACGGAGGAGAGAACUGCACCCAGCGCCACCAAACUUUGCCCAAAACUGACUGACCAUGAUGAGAAUGUUGGAGCUGCAAAAUGUUUGAUGACCCCCACCCCCCCCCCCCCACUAACCACGAUUCUGCCUCCCGCCUCAUACCGGGUCUUCUGGAGGAGCCGCCUGAGGACGAGAGCCCAUCGAGCGCAGUUACUCCACCUCUCCUCCACCUCUAGUGGCUAACACUCAGCAGGAGGAGAAAUACUUACAGAGUUGUAACGUGGUCGAAGUAUAUAGUAAACAUAUUGUUGUCUCACUACGAAGAGAAGAAGCCUAGCCAUGACUGUCUGUCCUUCUGUGUCCGUCACUUUGUUAAUUCUUUUUCUUUUUUAUAUCUGUUUUGUUCCCACAGCGAGUAAAACAUCUGUCGUUUAAUCAAACCAUUAAUUCUGUGACCUCGUGCGUGACCACAGUCGGGUGACGAGUGCCUAAAUUAGCAGUUUUAAAAGUGUAAAACAAUGUUUACGGAGAUAUCAUUUUGCAUGCAUGCAGCAUCGUGAGUGUUGAUCCGAGCAUCAUCCCGCACGGCGUGGACGAUCGUCGCUGAUUGGAAGCGGGAAGUGUUGGGCUCGUGUUACAAAGCCCCGUGGACCCGUCAAGGUCUCGGCUGCAAAGUCUAAAUGUGAAAGCUGUGGUGUCCUUGUGCUGAACAUUGGCCUUCAUGUCUCCACUCGUGCUGCGACUCACAAGAUAGAAAACUUUACACAUAAAACAGGAUGUAAGAUGACAAACAGCAGCGAUCAUGCAGCUUCUGUUCUCAUGUAGACGGUGAUUAAUGGUGAUUUUCUUUUUUAUUUAAUAAAUUCAACUGUUCAGA